AUGGAAAAUAUAUUAAAUAAUAGUUAAAAUUUUAAGCAAAUACUUUGCUAAAAGCAUAAUUUAACCUGCUUAUGUUUACAAACUGAUAGUGAUGACUCUGAUGAUAUCUAUGCUUGCUCUAAUUGUAUUCGUUCUAAUAAUAAUUUCAAAUAAUGUCUGCUUUUAUAAGAUAUAAAAGAUAAAUUAGACAAUACAGUCUUAACAAAUUGGCCACUAUUAGAUGAAUAUGAUUUAAUGAUACAAAUUUAGUCAUUUUCUAAGUAUUAAGGAAAUUAAAACUUAAUUUAAAAGGAUAUAGUUAAGUUCUUUGAAGAUUUUUAAAAUGAAUUAGAACAUACAUUGCAAAAAUAAAAGAAGAAUAUGCUAAUCUAUGCAGAUGGUAUUUCCGAAAAGACAAACCAGUUAUUUGAUUAUUAUCGAGAAAUAGCUUAAUUUGAUGCUCUAAAAAAUAUUAUAGAUUCUGAUACAUAAAAAUAAUAAUAAGCUGAACAAAUUUUAUAAAUAUUUAAGACAAACAAAUAGAAUCAAGAAAACUAUAAAAAUAAAAUUUAAUAACAAUUAUCUCAAUUAAAUCAAUACUAAACCAUAAAUUUAAAUGUACUCAAAUCUUUUAAAGAUUCUAUUUUAUCAUAAAUCGAGCUAGUUGAUGGUAAAUAUUUAUCUAAUUUACAGCUUUUCUCCUAAAAAAAUAAUAUACUAAUUGAAGAAUUUAAAAAAUAAUAACAAAAUUAAAAUAUUUUGUUAAAAGAAAAUGAAAAUUUAUACACACUUCUCAACCUUAUAGGAAAUAAAACUAACAAUUGUAAUGAAAAUUAUCUUUAAUCUGUUAAGUCUGAACUCCUAAAAAUUUAAGAUUUAAUAAAUAUCUUAAAUAUUGACAAGGAUGUUUUUUAGCAAGGCAAGAAAUAAAUUCAAAUAGGUUUAGAAAAAUUAAGCUAAGAUCAAAUUGAAUACAUAGAAACACUUGUAAAUAAAAUCGUUGAUCUAAAUGAGUAAUACUAAUAAUUGAAAGAAGAAGAUAAUAAUAUGAUCAUCUCUUCAAAAUUAUAACCUUCCUCCUACCUAAUUUAUAAUUAGAUAUUCAAGCUAGAUAAAAAAUUGACAAAAUAGAAAUUAGAGAGUAUCACUAAGCUACUGAGAAGGUUUCCUAUUUUUGAAAUCGAAUAAUUAGUCAAACCUUAUCCUUGCAAGUUAGAAGUAGAAAUAAGUAAUUAGAAUAAUUAUAAUACUAAUGGAAAAUAAAGCUAUGAUAAUGAAGGCAACUAAAAAUUUGAAAUUGUUAAAGAAGGUUUUUUUAUUUUUUACAUGAAAAUAAAAUAGGAUUGUUUGUAUAGAAUAGUUAUUAAUCUUGAAUUAAAAUAUCCAAAUAGAUAUUUAUUUAUUGGUCUAGUUGGUAAAUCUCACAAAGAUUAGAAAUAUAUUUAUGAAAAUAGCUUUAUUAAUAGUUUUACAACUGAAAGUAGUUAUAGUGAUAGAGGAGUUAGCAAAGUAAUAAAAGGGAAAUGCUUGAGAGAUGUGAAAUAUCCAGAAGAAUAUAAUUAGAUAGAAAUAAGAUUUUGUGUAAAAAAUAAAAUGUUCUAAGUGAGUGAUUAUCCUAAAAGAGAAAAUAUUAAUGAAAUAAAUGAUGAUAAGUUAAAUUUAAUAGACCUAAACUAAGAAUAUUAUUUAGGAUUUGAAUUAGUUUAUGACAAAGACUCUUUGACUAUAUUAGAGUGUGAAGAACUUUAAUAUUAAAAUUGA